AUGGACACCCCAAUAAACUUCUCCGUGUCAAUCAUCCCGCACUUGAGCGACGCGCUAGUUUCUUUUUUGAAAAGGCCUAUCCGAUAUCGCUAUGGCGACGUUGGCGGAGAGUCCAAUGGGACAACCAUAAAAGCAGUCCGUGAAAGCCAAUUCCGGACCACCGACAAGACACUUCACCACAACGCACCCUCAUCAUACGAUAUGACACUGAACAUUGUCGAAGCCAGUAUUGCCGACCUUCAACAUGCCCUCUCCACCGGCCUUAUCACCAGCGUCUCGCUCUGCACGCGCUACCUGCUCCGCAUCUCGACCUACGACUCCCGCGGGCCGACGCUGAAUGCCAUCCCCAUCCUCAACCCGUCCGUCCUGCACGACGCCGCCGAGUCUGACGAGAGGCGAGCGGCCGACAAAGCAGCCGGUCGUCCAAGCCGGCCGCUCGAAGGAAUCCCUUACAUGGUCAAGGACAGCUACGCAGUGCGCGGCCUGACCGUGGCCAGCGGCUCUCCCGCCUUCACCACCCUCGUGGCUCCCUCCGACGCCUUCACCGUGGCACAGCUCCGCGCCGCCGGCGCCGUGCUGCUGGGCAAGACGAACACGCCGCCCAUGGCGGCGGGCGGCAUGCACCGCGGCGCGUACGGGCGGGCCGAGUCGCCGUACAACGCUUCCUACCUCACCGCGGCAUUCGCGUCCGGCUCUUCCAACGGCUCCGCGACGUCGACGGCCGCGUCAUUCGCCGCGUUCGGCAUGGCUGAAGAAACCGUGUCUUCGGGACGGUCGCCGGCGUCGAACAACGGCCUAGUCGCCUACACCCCCUCGCGCGGCGUCAUUUCGAUCAGGGGGAAUUGGCCGCUGUAUCCGACUUGCGACGUGGUGGUGCCGCACACCCGCACCGUCGGCGAUCUGCUGGCCAUCCUCGAUGUGCUGUGCGUGCCCGAUCCCGAGCCGGCGGGGGACUUCUGGCGGGAGCAGCCGUGGAUCCCCAUCCCGUCUCCCACAACCAUCCGGCCGGCGGCCGGGACGUUCGUCACGCUGGCAGACGCGGACGCGUUGCGGGGGAAGCGUGUUGCCGUUCCACGUAUGUACAUCGGUCACCCUGACGCCGACGGCCGGCCGGUGGCGUUGCGGGCAUCCAUCGCUGCACUGUUCUUCGGCGCCCGUCGCACUCUAGAAGCACUCGGUGCCGAGCUGGUCGAGACAGACUUCCCCAUCGUGGCGAACUACGAGGCGCUCCAAGAUGUGACGCCGGCUGAGGGCGGAACCGUGGCGAACGUCCCCGGCCUACCUGCCGGAUGGAUGGCGGCGGAGAGGGGCCCGCUGCUGGCACUGGCGUGGGACGCAUUUCUGAAGCAGAACGGCGGUGCGGAGAGCGGCAUGUGGGAUUUCGAGAGCGAUGUGGAUGCGGCGAAGGUGUUUCCGAUGGAGGAGGGCGGGCCGCAGACGCGGUAUGCGAAUCCGUUGAACGCGAUACGCUGGCACGAGCUGCCGCAGAAGCUGCGGGAGUGUCGGGAUGAGGGUGUGUCGACGCUGGUGGGGUAUCCCGGGAUGGAGGAGGCGUUGAGGGCGCUGGAAGCGGCGAGGAAGAGAGAUUUGGAGGGGUGGAUGGAUGCGGAGGGCGUGGAUCUGGUGUGUUUCCCGGCGAAUGGGGGUGUCGGAAGAGCGGAUGCGGACACGGUGGAAGAGAGCGCCAGGGAGGCGUGGCGGAACGGCGUCAUGUACAGCAACGGAAACAGAGUGCUGAGACACCUGGGCGUGCCGACGGUCAGCGUGGCCAUGGGAGUGAUGGAGGACACGGGGAUGCCGUGCAAUCUGACCUUUGCCGGGAAGGCGUACGAGGAUCAGAAGUUGUUGAGCACCGCGUGGGCGUUUGAAAAGGCACAUGGAGGACGAGUGGCAGCUCCGAGAACGCCACCGCUGGAGAGCGAUGUGGUUGAACCAAGACAGGUGCCAGAGAAUAAGGCGAGAGGCGUUGUGCGGGAGUUAAAAGCGGUGAAGAGCGAGGAGAAAGACGACGGUUCUUUUAUCUUGAGUAUCAGCGGGAGGGUCGACAGCCAAGGGGAGAGGAUGCCGCCAUUGCGAGUCUUCGUAGAUGGUGAAGACAUGUCAGGGAGGAUCAGUAUCAGAGACGACGGGGUCUGGCAGUGUACGGUUAAAAGAGCACCACGACCGAGUCCGUGGCAUCCCGAAUACCUAAAGGAAGCUGGCGUUACGAACGUACUUCUUGAGAAAACUUUGGUCCUUGUAGUUGUUGGCGGGUGGGGUUUGGAGAGCGGCGACGUUCUCGUAGUUAAUUGA